CGGCACUGCGCCUAAGCUCUGCCACAACCGCCAGUCAGGUCUCUCCCCUUCCCCUCCCUCCCCCCUCCCCUCUCCUCCUCCUCCGUCUCUGCCGCCCAGAGCGAGACACCAACAUGGAGCCCGAGGACCUGCCAUGGCCGGGCGAGCUGGAGGAGGAGGAGGAGGAGGAGGCUGCGGUGGCGGCGGCGACGGGAGAGGAGGAGGCGGCGAACUUGGACGAAGUCGUGGUGGUGGAGGUGGUGGAGGAAGAGGCGGGGCGGGACUUGAACUCCGACUCUCACUGCGAGCACCGGCAUGUAGAGAGCACCGACGACGAGGAGGACGAGGAGGCCAAGGCCUGGCUGCAGGCGCACCCUGGCAAUAUUUUGCCUCCGACGUCGCCUUCGCGGCACUGCUACUCGGAGGGCAAGCGGACCUCCCUGGAGAAGAUUGUUCCAUUGACCUGUCAUGUAUGGCAGCAGUUACUAUAUCAAGGCAAUGGUAGAACACAAAUUUCUGAUACUAAUGUGGAAACAGCAGCUCAGCAGGGUUCUGGGGAUGAUCAGAAAACAGAAUCUUGGUAUUAUCUUUCUCAAGAAGUAGACUCUUCGCAAACCUUGGAUACAUCCGAGACCAGGUUUAAUGUGAGAACGGAAGAUACCGAAGUGACAGACUUCCCCUCUCUGGAGGAGGGUAUAUUGACCCAAUCAGAAAAUCAAGUAAAGGAGCUCAGCAGAGAUCUCUUCUGUUCUCCAUUGCUAGUCAUACAAGAUAGCUUUGCUUCUCCUGAUUUGCCUCUGUUGACAUGUUUGACACAAGACCAAGAAUUUACACCUGAUUCUUUAUUUCAACAAAGUGAACUAAGUUUUGCACCUCUGAGGGAGAUUCCUGAUAAGUCUGAAGACACUGAGUGGUUUUCUCGACCAUCGGAAGUUAGUGAAGCUUUAUUCCAGGCUACUGCAGAAGUAGCUUCAGACUUAGCGAGCAGUUGCUUUAGUAUAUCUCAGCACCCACUUAUAGGCAGCACAGUUGUUGGGUCUCAGUGCCCUUUUUUACCUUCUGAACAAGGGAAUAAUGAAGAGACGAUUUUAUCUAUUGAUGAACUGAAAAUCCCCAAAGACGGUGAUAGUUAUGAUGCUCUUUGUUUAUAUAUGUCAUGGGAGACACAAAAAGAUACACAGCAGCCUGAAACCAAUUUAGCUGAUAAAGAUCAAGUUUCAAUUGCAACUUCAUCUGACAUAACUGAUGAAAACAUAGCUACUGAAAGAAGUGACCAUUUUGAUGCCGCUUGUUCAUAUGGGCAGUAUUGGAAACAGAAAGCUUUACCUAAGCAGGCAGAAACAUAUUUAACCAAGGGCCUACAGGGGAAGGCUGAGUCUGAUGUCGUAACUCUGGAUGGUGAUGCUGAAUGCUGUAGCCUAAAUGAAAAUAUUGUGUGCAGUGAAAGAGUUGCUGAACUACAAAGAAAGCCAAGAAGAGAGUCGGAAUAUCACUCUUCAGACCUCAGAAUGUUGAGGAUGUCUCCUGACACUGUGCCAAAGACUCCUAAACAUUUAGCAGGAGACACUUCUAAAGGAAGCAUAGCUAAAGUUACUCAAUCCAACUUGAAACCAGGCAUCGUUACCACUCCUGUUGAUUCAGACAUUGGAUCUCAUUUAUCCUCGUCCCUUGAGGACCUGUCUCAGUUGGCUGUAAGUUCUCCUCUAGAAACUACUACUGGUCAACACACUGAUACUCUCAACCAAAAGACAUUAGCGGAUACUCAUCUAACUGAAGAGACUCUGAAAGUCGUAGCUGUUCCUGAACCAGCUGACCAGAAGACUGCAACACUGACGGUGCUCCCUAGUUCCUACUCACACAGGGGGAAGCCCAGUAUUUUCUACCAGCAGGGCUUGCCAGGCAGUCAUCUAACUGAAGAGGCUUUGAAAGUUUCAGCUGCUCCUGGACCAGGUGACCAGGUGACUGGAAUACCUGCUGUAACCUCCACACAUGGAGAGAAGCCUGGUGUUUUCGACCAACGAGAGUUACCAGAGAGUAACUUAACUGAAAAGCCUCUGAAAGUUUCAGCUACUCCUAGCCCAGUGGAGCAGAAGACUGGAAUACCUACAGUAUCCUCUACAUCCCACUCAUAUGGAGAGAAUCCCCUCUUUUUCUAUCGACAGACUUUGACAGAUGGUCAUCUAACUGAUCAGGCUUUGAAAGUUUCAGCAGUGUCUGGACCAGCUGACCAGAAGACUGGGACAGCAACAGUACUCUCUACUCCCUACUCACGUAGAGAGAAGCCUGGUGUUUUUUACCAGCCACAGUUGCCAGACAGUCAUCAAACUGAAGAGACUCUUAAAGAUUCAUUCACUCCUGGACCAGCUGACCAGAAGACUGAGAUACCUGCAGUACAGUCUAUUUCCUACUCACAGAAAGAAAAUCCUAGUAUUUUGUACCCACAGGUGUUAGCAGACAGUCAUCUACCUGAAGAGGGUCUGGAAGUUUCAGGUGUUUCUGGACCAGCUGACCAGAGGACUGGCCUACCAACAGUACCCUCUAAUGCAUACUCACACCGAGAGAAGCUCCUUAUUUUCUACCAGCAGGCUUUGCUAGACAGCCAUCUACCCAAAGAGGCUCUGAAAAUUUCUGCUGUUUAUGGACCAGCUGACGAAAAGACCAGGACAUCAACUGUAACCUCUACUUCCUCUGUGUCCUCCUCACUUUCAGAGAAGCCUGGUGCUUUCUACCAGCAGACCUUACCCAGUAGUCACCUAACUGAAGAGGCUCUCAAAGUAUCAGUUGUUCCUGGACCAGAUGAUCAGAAGACUGGUUUACCCUCAACACCGUCUAGUUUCUAUUCACAAAGACAGACGCCCAUUAUUUUUUCCCAGCAGACCCUGCCAGACAUUCUUUUCCCUGAAGAAGCUCUGAAGGGUUCAGCUGUUUCUACCCAGAAGACUGGGACACCAACAGUGUCCUCUAAUUCUCCCUCAUAUAGAGAUAAAUCUAGUAUUUUCUACCAACAAGAGUUGCCAAACAGUGAUGUACGUAGAGAAUCUCUGAAAAUGUCAGCUAUUCCUGGACUGACUGACCAGAAGACUGGGACACCAACAGUACCUUCAGGUUUCUUCUCACUUGGAGAGAAACCCAGUAUUUUCUCUCAGCAGGAGUUGCCAGAUAGUCACCCAACUGAAAAAGCUCUGAAAGUUUCAACUGGCCCUGGACCAGCUGACCAGAAGACUGAGAUUCCAGCAGUACAGUCUAGUUCUUACUCACAGAGGGAGAAGCCUAGUGUUUUGUACCCACAGGUGUUAUCAGACAAUCAUCUACCUGAAGAGGGUCUGAAAGUUUCAGCCCUCCCUGGACCAGCUGACCAGACAACUGACACACCAGCAGUACCUUCUUUCUACUCACAAAGAGAGAAGCCUGGUAUUUUAUACCAACAGACCUUGCCAGACAGUCAUCUGCCUAAAGAGGCUCUGAAUGUUUUAGUAGCUCCUAGACCAGCAGACCUGAAGACUAGCACACCAACUCCAACCUCGACUUACUACUCACAACAUAGAGAGAAGCCCAGCGUUUUCCACCAGCAGGCCUUGCCAGGUACUCAUAUACCUGAAGAGGCUCGUAACGUUUCAGCUAUUACUGGACCAGGUGACCAGAAGACUUGGAUACCAAGAGUACUUUCUGCCUUCUACUCACAAACAGAGAAGCCUGGUAUUUUCUAUCAACAAACUUUGCCAGGUAGUCGUAUACCUGAAGAGGCACAGAAAGUUUCAGCUGUUCCUCGACCAGCCGACCAGACUGGGACACCAACUCCAACCUCUACUUCCUACUCACACACAGAGAAGCCUGAUAUUUUCUAUCAACAGACCUUGCCAGGUAGUCAUAUACCUGAAGAGUCACAGAAAGUUUCAGCCGUUCCUCGACCAGCUGACCAGACUGGGACACCAACUCCAACCUCUACUUCCUACUCACACACAGAGAAGCCUGAUAUUUUCUAUCAACAGACCUUGCCAGGUAGUCAUAUACCUGGAGAGGCACAGAAAGUUUCAGCCAUUCCUCGACCAGCUGACCAGACUGGGACACCAACUCCAACUUCUACUUCUUACUCACACACAGAGAAGCCUGGUAUUUUCUACCAACAGGUCUUGCCAGAUAGUCAUCCAACUGAAGAGGCUCUGAAGAUUUCAGUUGCUCCUGAACCAGUUGACCAGACAACUGGCACACCAACUGUAAACUCUCCUUCCUACUUACAACAUAGAGAGAAUCCCAGAAGUUUCUACCAACAGUUGUUGCCAAGUAGUCUUCUAACUGAAGAGGCUAAGAAUAUUUCAGUGGUUCCUGGACAAGCUGACCAGAAGACUGGGAUACCAACUUUACCCUCUACUUUCUACUCACACACAGAGAAGCCUGGCAUUUUCUACCAACAGGUCUUGCCACAUAGUCAUCUACCUGAAGAGGCUUUGAAAGUUUCAGUUGCUCCUGGGCCAGUUGACCAGACGACUGGCAUACCAACUGUAACCUCUCCUUCCAACUCAUUUGGAGAGAAGCCCAUUGUUAUCUAUAAACAGGCCUUUCCAGAUGGUCAUCUACCUGAAGAGUCUCUAAAAGUUUCAGUUGUUCCUGGACCAGUUGACCCGACGCCUGGCACACCAACUGUAACCUCUCGUUUCUACUCACAACAUAGAGUGAAGCCUAGCAGUUUCUACCAACCGCCAUUGCUAGGUAGUCAAAUACCUGAAGAGGCUCUGAGAGUUUCAUCUGCUUCUGGACCAGCCGACCACACAACUGGCAUACCAACCAUAACCUCUCCUUCCUACUCAUUUGGAGAGAAGCCCAUUAUUAUCUACAAACAAGCCUUUCCAGUUGGUCCCAUACCUGAAGAGGCUCUGAAAGCUUUAGUUGUUUCUGGACUUACUGAACAAAAAACUAAGAUAGCAACAGGACCUUUAGGUUCCAGUGCACUUGGAGAGAAGCCCAUUACUUUCUACCAGCAGGCUCUACAAGACAGUCCUCUAAAUCAAGAGGUUGUGAAAGUUUCAGCUACUCCUGAACCAGCUGACCAGAAGACUGAGACACCACCAGUAUAUUCUAUUACCUACUCCCAUAGGGGGAAGCCUGUCAUUUUCUACGAACAGACCCUAUCAGACAGUCAUUUAUCUGAAGAAGCUCUGAAAGUUCCACCUAUUCCUAGACCAGAUGCCCAGAAGACUGGGACACCAUCAGUAUCCUCUAGUUUAUACUCACAUAGUGAGAAGCCCAUUGUCUUUUACCAGCAGGCCCUGCGAGACACUCAGCUAACUAAAGAAGCUCUGAAAGUUUCAGUUGUUCCUCAUCCAGCUGACCAGACUGGGUUAUCUACUGUAACCUCUUCUUACUAUUCACAUACAGAGAAGCCUAAUAUUUCUUACCAAGAGGAGUUGCCAGAUAGUCAUCUAACUGAAAAGGCGCUGAAAGUUUCAGAUGUUCCUGGAUCAGCUGACCAGAAGACUGGGGUCUCAACAGUAACCUCUACUUCGUAUUCACACAGAGACAAGCCCAUUAUUUCUUACCAGCAAGAGUUGCCACAUUUUACUGAAGCAACUUUGGGAAUUUUAAGAGAACCAGCUGACCAGAAGACUGGGAUAAACAUCCUAUCCUCUAAUUCCUACCCACAGAGAGAGCAGUCUGUCAUUUCUUAUCAGCAGGAGUUGCCAGAUCUUACUGAAGUAACUUUGAAAGCAAUAGAGGUUCCUGGGCCUGCUGACCAGAAGACUGGAAUACAAAUAUUGUCCUCUAGUUCCUACUUAAAUAGAGAGAAGCCCAGUGUUUUUCAUCAGCAGGAGUUGCCGGAUGUUACUGAAGAAGCUUUAAAUGUUUUUGUUUUUCCUGGACAAGGUGACCAGAAGACUGACAUACCAACAGCAUCUUCAAGUUACUACUCAUAUGGAGAGAAGCCCAGUGUUUCCUCUCAGUAUGAGUUGCCAGAUAGUCAUCUCACAGAAGAGGCUCUGAAAGUUUCACCUGUUUCUAUACCAGCAGAGCAGAAGACUGGGAUACCAAUAGGACUGUCUAGUUCCUAUUCACAUUCACAUACAGAGAAACUCAAGAUUUCAACUGCAGAUGUACCAGAUGAUCAGAAAACUGAGUUUCCAGCAGCUGCCCUUAGUUCCUACCCACAAAUAGAGAAGUCUAAGAUUUCAACUGUGACUGGACCAGAUGACCAGAAGACUCCAUCACUGACAGUUUUUCAUAGUUCCUAUUCUCAAAGAGUAAAGCCUGAUGUUUUAUUUCAACAGCAGUUGCCAGAUAAAGAUCAAAGUAAAGGUCUAAAGAUUUCAGCUGUCUCUGAACCAACUGAUGUGAAUACUGGAAAACCAAUACCUCUCUCUAGUUCUUAUUUUCACAGAGAGAAAUCAAGUAUUUUCAGUCCACAGGAAUUGCCAGGUAGAUAUGUAACUGAAGAUGUGCUGAAAGUUUCAGCUAUUCCUGGACCAGCUGGCCAGAAAACAGUAUUACCAACAGCUCCUUUUAGUUCCUUUUCACACCAAGAGAAACCAGAUAUUUUCUAUCACAAGGAUUUGCCAGAUAGACAUCUAACUGAAGAUGCUCUAAAGAUCUCAAGUGCUCUUGGGCAAGCUGAUCAAAUUACUAGAUUGCAAACAGUUCCCUCUGGUACUUACUCACAUGGUGAGAAGCACAAGCUUAUUUCAGAACAUGUCCAAAGGCUAAUAGAUAAUUUGAAUUCUUCUGGCUCCAGUUUUAGCUCAAAUAAUGUGCUUUUAAAUUCUCAGGCUGAUGACAGAGUUCUAAUAAAAAAAACAGAAUCUGCAGGUUUGAGAGAUGUUGGCUCUGAAGAAAUCCAGGAUGCAGAAAAUAGUUCUAAAACUCUUAAGGAAAUUCGGACACUUUUGAUGGAGGCAGAAAACAUAGCACUGAAACGAUGCAAUUUUCCUGCUCCCCUUGCCCCUUUCAGAGAUAUUAGUGAUAUUUCAUUUAUACAAUCUAAGAAGGUGGUUUGCUUCAAAGAACCUUCUUCCACUGAUUUAUCUAAUGUUGAAUUGCUUCAGAGACAGGCAUUCACAGAGGAAAACCCAAGCAGCAGGUGCAUGCAGAAGGAUAUUGGCACACAGACGAAUUUGAAAUGCCAGAGAGGCAUUGAAAAUUGGGAGUUUAUUAGUUCAACUACAGUUAGAAGCCCUCUACAGGAAGCAGAGAACAAAGCCAGUAUGGCAUUAGAAGAAACCCUUAGGCGGUAUCAAGCAGCCAAAUCUGUAAUGAGAUCUGAACCUGAAGGGUGUAGUGGAACCAUUGGGAAUAAAAUUAUUAUCCCUAUGAUGACUAUCAUAAAAAGUGAUUCAAGUAGUGAUGCCAGUGAUGGAAAUGGUUCCUGCUCAUGGGACAGUAAUUUACCAGAGUCUUUGGAAUCAGUUUCCGACGUUCUUCUAAACUUCUUUCCAUAUGUUUCACCCAAGACAAGUAUAACAGAUAGCAGAGAGGAAGAGGGUGUGUCAGAGAGUGAGGAUGGUGGUGGUAGCAGCAUAGAUUCACUGGCUGCACACGUCAAAAACCUUCUGCAAUGUGAAUCCUCCCUGAAUCAUGCCAAAGAAAUACUAAGAAAUGCAGAGGAAGAGGAAAGCCGUGUACGAGCACAUGCCUGGAAUCUGAAGUUCAAUUUAGCACAUGAUUGUGGAUACUCCAUUUCAGAAUUAAAUGAAGAUGACAGGAGGAAAGUAGAAGAGAUCAAGGCAGAGUUGUUUGGUCAUGGGAGAACAACUGACUUGUCCAAGGGUUUUCAGAGUCCACGGGGAAUGGGAUGCAAGCCAGAAGCUGUAUGUAGUCAUAUUAUUAUUCAGAGCCAUGAAAAAGGAUGUUUCCGGACUCUUUCUGAACAACCACAACUAGAUAGCCACCCUUGUGUUUUCAGAUCUGCUGAACCCUCAGAAAUGACCAGAGGACGGCAGAGCCCAUCAUCAUGCAGAGCCAGGCACGUCAAUCUUUCUGCACCCUUAGACCAGAACAACUCCCAUUUCAAAGUUUGGAAUUCCUUGCAGUUAAAAAGUCAUUCCCCAUUUCAAAACUUUAUACCUGAUGAAUUCAAAAUCAGCAAAGGUCUUCGAAUGCCAUUCCGUGAAAAGAUGGACCCUUGGCUGUCAGAAUUAGUAGAACCUGCUUUUGUACCACCUAAAGAAGUGGAUUUUCAUUCUUCAUCACAAAUGCCAUCCCCAGAACCCAUGAAAAAUGUUACUACCUCCAUUACUUUUUCAUCUCACCGACAUUCUAAAGGCAUUUCCGAUUCCUCUGUUGUUAAGGUUGGUGUCACUGAAGGUAGCCAGUGUACUGGAGCAUCUGUCGGGAUAUUUAAUUCCCAUUUCACUGAAGACCAAAAUCCUUCUAGAGAUCUUAAGCAGAAAACCUCUUCCCCUUCAUCAUUUAAAAUGCAUAGUAAUUCACCAGAUAAAGAAGUGACUAUUGUAGCAGAAGGUAGAAGGCAAAACCAAAAAUUAUCUGUUGAUUUUGAGCAUUCUCUUCAAGAAGAAAAACCCUUAGAAAGAUCAGAUUUUACAGGCAGUCAUUGUGAGCCUAGUACCACUGCAGAUUCUAGCAAUGUCAAGGAAAUUCAAAUUUCUGAUAACCAUACCCUUAUUAGUAGGGGUAGACCAAGUUCCACCCUAGGAGUAAGCAGAUCGAGUUCCAGACUAGGAGUAAAAGAGAAGAAUGUAACUAUAACUCCAGAUCUUCCUUCUUGCAUUUUUCUUGAACAACGAGAGCUCUUUGAACAAAGCAAAGCCCCACAUGCAGAUCACCAUGUGAGGAAACACCAGUCUCCUUCUCCUCAACAUCAGGAUUAUGUAGCUCCAGACCUUCCUUCUUGCAUUUUUCUUGAACAACGAGAACUCUUUGAACAAUGCAAAGUCCCACAUGUAGAUCAUCAAAUGAGAGAAAAACAUUCUCCCCUUCCUCAAGGUCAGGAUUCUGUAGCUUCAGACCUUCCUUCUCCCAUUUCUCUUGAACAAUGUCAAAGCAAAGUGCCAGGUGUAGAUGACCAAAUGAGAAAACACCAUUUCCCCCUUCCUCAAGGUCAGGACUGUGUAGUAGAAAAGAAUGAUCAACAUAAGCCUAAGUCACACAUUUCUACUAUAAAUGUUGAAGCCAAGUUCAAUGAUGUCUCCCAGUCAGCCCCAAAUCACUAUACAUUAACAACAUCUGCAUCUACUCCUCCUUCAAAUAGAAAAGCACUUUCUUGUGUUCGUAUAACUCUUUGUCCCAAGACUUCUUCCAAGUUGAAUAGUGGAACUUUAGAUAAAAGAUUUUAUUCAUUGGAUGCUGCUUCUAAAGCAAGGAUAAAUAGUGAGUUUAACUUUGACUUACCUACUGUAUCUUCGAGAUCACUGGAGCCAACCUCCAAAUUACUGACCAGUAAACCUGUAGCACAGGAUCAAGAAUCUUUAGGUUUUCUAGGACCUAAAUCUUCACUGGAUUUCCAAGUCAUACAGCCUUCUCUUCCAGACAGUAACACUAUUACUCAGGACUUGAAAACCAUGCCUUCUCAAAAUAGCCAGAUAGUAACCUCAAGGCAAAUACAAGUGAACAUUUCAGAUUUCGAAGGACAUUCCAAUCCAGAGGGGACUCCGGUAUCCACAGAUCGAUUACCAGAGAAGAAAAAGACUCCACUUUCUGCUUUCUCUGAAAAAUUGUCAUCAGAUGCAGUCACUCAGAUAACAACAGAAAGUCCAGAAAAGACCCUAUUUUCAUCUGAGAUUUUUAUUAAUCCCGAAGAUCGUGGACAUGAAAUUACAGAGCCCAGUAACCAGAAACUACGCAAAGCUUCUGUCAAGUUUGCUUCAUCAUCUUCAGUCCAACAGGUUACUUUUUCUCGUGGAACAGAUGGUCAGCCUUUGUUAUUGCCAUAUAAGCCUUCUGGUAGUACGAAGAUGUACUAUGUUCCACAGUUAAGACAAAUUCCUCCAUCUUCGGAUUCCAAAUCAGAUACCACCAUUGAAAGCUCCCAUUCAGGAUCCAAUGAUGCCGUUGCUCCGGACUUCCCAGCACAGGUGCUAGGCACGAGAGAUGAUGACGUCUCAGCCACUGUUAACAUUAAACAUAAGGAAGGAAUCUACAGUAAGAGGGUAGUGACUAAGGCAUCCUUGCCAGUGGGGGGAAAACCCUUGCGGAGUGAUAGUGCAGAUGCCUCAGUUCAAGUGCAAAUCACUGGGGAUGUGAACCACUCAGACAAAAAACCGAAAGAGAGCCCCAGUACGAGUGCUGUGACUGAGGCUGCCCAGGCUAAAGAAAAAGAACCCUUGCAGAAAGAUACUGCAGAUUCCAGUGAUGCUGCUGCUGCAGAACACUCAGCUCAAGUAGGAGACCCAAAAAUUAAGAACUCUCCAGACUCUAAAGCCAUUACACAGAAAGAGGAGAUCCAUAGGAAGAUGACAAUUCCCGAAGAAGCCUGGCCAAAAGAUAAAGAAUCCCUACAGAUAAAUAUUGAAGAGUCUGAAUGUCAUUCAGAAUUUGAAAAUACUACCCAUUCUGUCUUCAGGUCGGCGAAGUUUUACAUUCAUCAUCCCGUACAUCUACCAAGUGAUCAAGAUGUUUGCCAUGAAUCUUUGGGAAGAAGUGUUUUCAUGAGGCAUUCUUGGAAAGAUUUCUUUCAGCAUCACCCAGACAAACAUAGAGAACACAUUUGUCUUCCGCUUCCUUAUCAAAACAUGGACAAGACUAAGACGGAUUAUACCAAAAUAAAGAGUCUCAGCAUCAAUGUGAAUUUGGGAAACAAAGAAGUGAUGCAUACUACUAAAAGUCAAGCUACAGAUUAUCCAAAAUAUAAUGUACAAAUUAAUGAUCCUAAAAGGGAUCAGAAGCUCACCCCAGAGCAAGCAGCUCAGCACACUGUGAGUUUGAAUGAACUGUGGAACAAGUACCGGGAGCGACAGAGGCAACAGAUGCAGCCCAGGUUGGACGACAGGAAAGAACUAUCCUUGGUGGAGCGACUUGACCGUUUGGCUAAACUUCUUCAGAAUCCCAUCACACAUUCUCUCCAGGUCUCAGAAAGUACACCUGAUGAUGGCAGAGGGGAACGAGGUGUGAAGGAAUGGAGUGGUAGACAACAGCAGAGAAACAAGCUUCAGAAAAAGAAACCAUUUAAAAGUCUAGAGAAAAGCCAUAGAAACACAGGAGAGCUUAAAAAAAGCAAGGUGUUUUCUCAUCAUGGAGCUGGGAGGUCUAAUCAAAUUAAAAUUGAACAGAUUAAAUUUGAUAAAUAUAUUCUGAGUAAACAGCCAGGUUUUAAUUAUGUAAGCAAUACUUCUUCAGAUUGUAGGCCCUCAGAGGAGAGUGAGCUGCUCACAGAUACUACCACCAACGUCCUUUCCAGCACCACUUCUGCUGUCGAAUCAGAUAUAUUGACCCAAACAGAUAGAGAGGUGGCUCUGCAUGAAAGGAGUAGCUCUGUUUCCACUAUUGACACCGCCCGAUUGAUUCAAGCUUUUGGCCAUGAAAGAGUAUGCCUGUCACCCAGACGAAUUAAAUUGUAUAGCAGCAUCACCAACCAACAGAGGAGAUACCUUGAGAAGCGGAGCAAACACAGCAAGAAAGUAUUGAAUACAUGUCAUCCCCAAAUGACUUCUGAGCACACCAGAAGGAGACGCAUCCAGGUAGCAAACCAUGUGAUUUCUUCUGACUCUAUUUCCUCUUCUGUCAGUAGUUUCCUGAGCUCGAACUCUACUCUUUGCAACAAGCAAAAUGUACACAUGUUAAACAAGGGCAUACAAGCAGGUAACUUGGAGAUUGUGAAUGGUGCCAAAAAACACACUCGAGAUGUUGGGAUGACUUUCCCAACUCCGAGUUCCAGCGAGGCUAAAUUGGAAGAGGACAGUGAUGUGACUUCUUGGUCAGAAGAAAAACAUGAAGAGAAAAUGCUCUUUACCGCUUAUCCUGUGGACAGAAAGUUAAAAAGGAACAAGAAGAAUUCCCAUGAAGGAGUUUCCUGGUUUGUUCCUGUGGAAAACAUGGAAUCUGGAUCAAAGAAGGAAAACAUGCCCAAGAUGUGUGGCCCUGGCGUCUCCUGGUUUGAACCAUUAACCAAGGCCAAGCCCUGGAGGGAGCCACUACGGGAGCAGAAUUGGCAGGGGCAGCACCUGGUUGGUCGGGGCUCCCUGGCAGGCCCAGGCAGAGAGGAUGGCAGAGAUGCACUGAAGCCAUUUGUGAGAGCAACCCUGCAGGAAUCACUUCAGCUUCAUAGACCUGACUUCAUCUCCCGCUCUGGGGAGCGGAUAAAGCGCCUGAAGUUAAUAGUCCAGGAGAGGAAGCUGCAGAGCAUGUUACAGAGUGAGCGGGAUGCUCUGUUCAACAUUGACAGGGAACGGCAGAGCCACCAGAAUUGUAUACGUCCGCUGCCCAAGAGAGUAUUCCUGGCUGCCCAGAAGAACAAGCCUAUCAGCAAGAAGGAAAUGAUUCAGCGGUCCAAACGGAUUUAUGAGCAGCUUCCAGAAGUACAGAAAAAGAAAGAAGAAGAGAAGAGAAAAUCAGAAUAUAAGUCAUACCGGCUACGAGCCCAGCUAUAUAAAAAGAGAGUGACCAAUCAACUUCUGGGGAGAAAAGUUCCCUGGGACUGACACAAGUUUAUUUUCCUCAGAGCAUUAGAAUCCUAUUUUAUGAACCUAGAGAAGCACAAUCCUUACUUUUGUGAGUCUGGUUGAAUAAAGCUUAUUCUUUGUCCAUGUGUAUUUUAGAAAUAGUAACUUAUAAAGAGUCUAGGGCAGCCUGGUGAUAGAAAUUCCUAAUGGUUUGGGAGCAACUUUCUGCAUGGUGGCCUUGCACAUUGGGCUGUGUGUUACAAUGAUGUGAUCAAUUCUCAAGAAUGAGUCCCUUUUUGUAUGUGUUUUUAUACUUUUAGAAAAUAAAAACUUCUGGUUAAUUC